AAUUCAUUAAUCUAGGCCUUCACAACAAAGCCCAGGUUAGGAAUUUAUAUAAAAAGAUUAGGUAAAUAGAUGUUGGUCCAAAGUCAAAAGUAAUGUCUAAAUAUAUUUUACCCUAUAACCUUUCUAAAUUGCUUAAACAUUAUUUACCAUAAAAGAAUUGUCAUCACCUGGUCAAUCCAUAAAGGAAGCCACAAAUGUAAUAGCUACACGUCACCAAAUAAUGUCUCCGUACGUUGCUGCCUCUGUCUAUAUAUCUCUUAUUAGACUGCUAGGCAAAGUACCAAACAGAAACAGAAAGGCUCUAAUUCUCUCUCAUCAGCCUCUCUCUCUAGAAAGUCUCUCUCACUGUGUUUGCUGCGAUGUCAAAGACCGAUUUGGUUUCGGAAGGCUCGGGACUCGGCGCUACCGGCACCAUGGAGGAGCUGAAGAAGAACUUCGACAAGUUCGACAAGAACGGUUUCGCGACGGUCUCACUGGAGGAGGUCCAGCGCAUUAUGGCUGAGAUCGCCAAGCACGGCGACGGUCACAUUGACGUCGGGCAGCUCGCCGGGAUCAUCAAUGGCGGAUCCACCAAGAAGCUUCCCAACGCGUUCGACCUUUACAAUCUCGCCAAGAAUGGGCUAAUCUCCACGAGUGAGCUGCUUGAGGUGCUGAAGCGGUUGGAGAAGAAGUACUCGCUCAUGGAGGAGGUCCAGCGCAUUAUGGCUGAGAUCGCCAAGCACGGCGACGGUCACAUUGACGUCGGGCAGUUCGCCGGGAUCAUCAAUGGCGGAUCCACCAAGAAGCUUCGCGAGGCGUUCGACCUUUACAAUCUUGCCAAGAACGGGCUAAUCUCCACGAGUGAGCUGCUUGAGGUGCUGAAGCGGUUGGAGAAGAAGUACUCGCUCAUGGAGGAGGUCCAGCGCAUUAUGGCUGAGAUCGCCAAGCACGGCGACGGUCACAUUGACGUCGGGCAGCUCGCCGGGAUCAUCAAUGGCGGAUCCACCAAGAAGCUUCCCAACGCGUUCGACCUUUACAAUCUCGCCAAGAACGGGCUGAUCUCCACGAGUGAGCUGCUUGAGGUGCUGAAGCGGUUGGAGAAGCAGUACUCGCUCAAGGACUGCGCGAAGAUGAUCAGCUCCGUCGACACCGACGGCGAUGACCACGUCAACUUCGCUGAUCCCGGCGCUGCCGGCACCAUGGAGGAGCUGAAGAAGAACUUCGACAAGUUCGACAAGAACGGUUCCGAGACGGUCUCAAUGGAGGAGGUCCAGCGCACCGAGUUCAAGAAGAUGAUGACUCGAGAAAGUCCUCGCAAGGAGGUUAUGUCCGAGAAAGUCGGAGCUAAGGAGUCUGGGAGAUUUUGCGUUCUAAACCAAGGGUUUGGAAUGACAGGAGAUCGUGACAGAGGAGCCAGCUUUGCGUGCGAACAGAAAGGUAGUGAAGUGAAGGGAUUGUGUAGUGGGCUGGGUUUAAUGGAGGACUCGGAUACGAAAGGGAAUAUGGAGGAACUAGGGCAGACUUUGGGAAGCAAACUUCUCCUUACUGAUAAGGAGAAGGAGGGAGUGGUGAUUGAGAAGAAGGAUGUGGAAGAGGCGCUGAUAGGGUUUCCUUUUACCCUACUGGCAGAUGUAUUAACUGAGAGGACUGUGAAUGUGGAGGCUUUCAUCAACCGGUUCACAUCACUGUGGUGGGGGACGGAAGGGGUCUCUAUUCAGGAUUUAGGUGACCGGCGGUUUCUGAUCGGAUUUGUGGCUAAACGUGACAUGCAGCGAGUGAUAGAAUCCGAUUUCCCUUGGACAUUCCGGAAUGAUUUUGUACUGGUGGCUGACCGUACAAACAGGCGCGAUGCACGGUGGGAAGAGAUGUCAAUGGGUGAGAUGUGGGUGCAGAUUCAUAAGGUGCCACCAUUGAGCAUGACGGCUGCGGUUGCUAAGGUAAUAGGGGGAGGGAUUGGUAUGGUGAUCUCUGUGGACAGAUCAGCUAGUCGAGAAUGUAUUGGUAGGUUCUUAAGGGUUCGUAUUCAGCUUAAUCUGCGAGAACCCUUGAUGCGGGGAAUGGUGGUCACGUUUCCGGAUGAAGGUCGAGUUUGGGUUCAAUUUAAAUACGAAGGAUUGCCUAACUAUUGUUUCUAUUGUGGGAAAUUAGGCCAUGUGAGUGGGGUGUGUAAGGCACAGGUAAAGCGCGGAGUGCAAGGAAUGGAGGAGGGUGAGGAACUAUUGCGACAAGGGAGGUCACUGCCAUAUGAGGGUUUGAAGGCUUGUAUGGAUUUACGGGGGACUGUUCUGCGAUCACCGUCGUGGAAAUCUAAGAGUCCGAGUAUGGGGGAAGGGAGUGGGAGAACAGUGGAAUCACGAAGGGAUGGGGACAUGCAUCACGAGGGGAUGCAGGGGGUUUGGCGUACGGGGGCUAGGGGAGGGAGAGUGGAACAGGCGAGCAGACGGGUGGGGAAUAACCGUGACGGUGAUGUGGAGGACACAGACUCUUCACCUGGGGAAAAAGAUAAGUAUGAUUGCCCGGUUAAGGAGGGGAGUGGGAAUCGGGGAGAUCUACGGAACCAGCGCCGGGUAGUAGAAGAAGAGGCACGAAAGGAUGCGGGACUAAUUGGACGGGGAGGGAUAGUGGCGCCAGGUAUUGAGAAUGUGGUCUUGGUUGAGUCUGUUGAACCUGUGAGGACAAUGGAGGGGGGUGCGGACGGGAACCAGAGAGGCUUACAGGUUGAUUUGAACGUCCCGGUCGAGAACCAGAGAGGCUUACAGGUUGAUUUGAACGUCCCGGUGGGCAUGGAGGAGGGUUUGGACGGGAACCAGAGAGGCUUACAGGUUGACUUGAACGUCCCGGUGGGCAUGGAGGAUGAAGACCACUCCGUUACGAUGCAGCAGCUGAGUGGCAUGGAUGGGGUGACACAGGUGAAUGUUGUGGUGCAUGAGGAGGCGGAAGGAAAGGUUUACAAUGGGACUCAAGAUUCGGAUCCUUUGGAGCUGGGUCCUAUUAUUGAUGUCAGAAGCCGAGAGAGUAGGAAACGAAAGCGCAGAAUUGAAGAAGUGGAGGGGACGGGUGGGGAUGUUACUAGUACCGGUAAUAAGCGAGCUCUUAUUUUUACUGUGGCGGAGAAGACCAGCCGUGAAGGGUCUUCACGGCCGCCAUGAAAAAAAAGAUCUUGAGUUAUGAUAUCGUGCCCACAAGAUUAUCCGUGUCUAAGUAGUCAACGGCGACAGUUAACUAUGCGUGUUAUUUGAUUUGCACGAACAACCCUUUUACUCGCAUCUUGUUCCACAGAUAUCAGUACUGAUGCUUUUUAGUUGUGUAUUAGUUGUAAAGGUUGUUCCGAAGUCAGAGAACUGAGU